CGAGCAAUUGACUUUGUCUGCCACCCCCAUCCUACAUACACAAGUACCAUACAUUGUUAUUGCCUCUGUAUGUCAUCCACGAAGCUACAUCUGAAGGAGACCCCAGCCGAACGGCGAGAACGCGAUUUGCGUCGAGCCAGGAAAGCCGCGAAGAAGAGACGGCGGCAGACACCCGAGGACACUUCCAGCGACGAGACGGGUCCUUCUAGCAGCAGGAAGCGACAUCACACCAGCUCUGAACCCACGAACGAUGGCUAUCCCUACGUAUUCUUCGAUGAAGAUGAAGAUGCGUACGGACCACCACCGCCACCACCAACCGCGUCGCACCGCGCACAUAAACCGGACUACGACCGCAUACAGGCAGAGCUUGAGGAAGCACGCUUCCGCGAGAAGAUGUUCGGCGCGAUGGAGGAAGACGAGCGGCUCGACUCACUCGAGUCCCGCCUGAACGACUAUGCGCAUAUCCCAAGGCGAUGGCGAGGCGGUGGGAUGGACAGAAUGGACGACGAGCUUGGCAUCGAGCCAGGCAUGAUGGAGGAGGAGGAUUACGCGGAAUGGGUUCGCGAGGGCAUGUGGAGGCGGAAACACGCAGCAGAGUUCGAAGAGCAGGAACGGAAGAAGGCAGAGCGUGCUGCACGGAAGGCGCGCGAGCGGGCCAUCCGGGACGAAACCAAACGCAUGGAACGAGAGGAGGAGGAAGGUCGGCGGCGACGGAGAAGGAGCAAGGAACGCAGGCGAGCGGUGGAGGCCCGCGAGUGGUACGACGCCCGGUGGAAAGAACUACUCGGACCAUCGGCAGGCACGGAGAGCUCCCUGCACUUCGCCGACAUCCCGUGGCCCGUCCAUCCUCCCGAACUCUCCAGUCGCAGAGCAAGGGGCCUGACAAUGGACGACCUGACGACGGAGGCGAUAUCGGCAUUCUUGCUGACCCAGGACGACUCCGAGGCUGGGAAGAAGGAGCGGAAGGAGAAGCUGCGCGAGACGAUGCUGCGAUUCCACCCGGACAAGUUCGAGGGCCGGAUAUUGAAGCUUGUCGUGGAGGUUGAGCGCGAGCCUGUCAUGGAGGCGGUGGGCAUUGUCGUGCGCUCGGUAAGCGGGCUUAUGGGUGAGGGGAAGUGACUACACCGGUACGUUCUCUGUGUCACCGUGAUCAUCAUCGGGGAACACUCCUUGUAGAUGAGAGCUAGGAUGCAUGUAUCCUGUAUCUAAUCGCACGUAUGCCGCAUAGCUGCUGGCGACGCACAGCUGCAGUUGCAUGUGUUGUCGUCUUGCUCGAGCGUAUCUCUUCUUUCUUUGCGAGAUCAUUCC